CUCACUGGGCUGUAGAGGGAGGCACUUUGCACACAGACAGAUAGCAGGGAGGAGAAGCCAGAGGGAGUGAGCACCGCACUCAGUCUGCUUCUGGAGAAGGGAGAGAGAGUGAGACAGGCUGGGAGAAGAGGAACAGAAAGUGUGUAUAAAAUGCAGUAAAGAAAGAAAGAAAAAAAAAACUACCACUAAAACACAUUUUUAAACCAGCAAUUAAGAAAGAGACAGGCUACGUUUAAAGAACACAGAGACAAUGAAAAGCUAAGGAGAACUUUGCAGUCUCUUCCAGUCUCAUAGGUGCUUGGAAAUGAAAGUAGAACAGCGUGUCUUUAACGGACUCUGACAGGGAGGGUGAAGGGGAACCAGAACGCACAAGAGGACGACUCUGGAGGCAGAGAAGAUGGGUAUCCUCAGCAUAGACUUGCUGAUCACACUGCAGAUUCUGCCAGUUUUUUUCUCCAACUGCCUCUUCCUGGCGCUGUAUGACUCGGUCAUUCUGCUCAAGCACGUGGUUCUGCUGCUGAGCCGCUCCAAGUCCACUCGCGGAGAGUGGCGGCGCAUGCUGACCUCAGAGGGACUGCGCUGCGUCUGGAAGAGCUUCCUGCUCGAUGCCUACAAACAGGUGAAACUGGGCGAAGAUGCCCCCAAUUCCAGUGUGGUGUGUGUGUCCAGUCCUGAAGGAGGUCACAGCUGUGGAAACGGUGUCCGGGAGAAGACUGCUGAUGGAGUCCUGUGCCACCUUCUUGACUUCGCCAGUGCCGAGCGCCCACUGGUGGUCAAUUUUGGCUCCGCCACUUGACCGCCCUUUACCAGCCAGCUGCCUGCCUUCAGCAAACUGGUGGAAGAGUUCUCAUCAGUGGCUGACUUCUUGUUGGUCUACAUCGACGAGGCUCAUCCUUCAGAUGGUUGGGCAGUUCCUGGGGGAUCCUCUUUGUCUUUGGAGGUGAAGAAGCACCGGAACCAGGAAGAUCGAUGUGCAGCAGCCCAUCAGCUUCUGGAGCGUUUCUCCUUGCCGCCCCAGUGCCAGGUUGUGGCUGACUGCAUGGACAAUAAUGCCAAUGUAGCUUAUGGGGUAGCCUUUGAACGAGUGUGCAUUGUGCAGAGACAGAAGAUUGCUUAUCUAGGAGGAAAGGGCCCUUUUUGCUACAACCUUCAAGAAGUCCGGCAUUGGCUGGAAAAGAAUUUCAGCAAGAGAUGAAAUCUAGAUUAGUUGGUUAAAGGUAUGAUUGCAAUAGAGUUAUUAUUUAAAAAAAACAUUGUGUAAAGGAAAGGAAAUUAAGAACAGAAUCCACUAUUUCCAUUGAGUCCCAUUGCCACACUGUAAGACAGGAAUUUACUUCUCAGAAGAACAUAAACCUCUAACAUCUGAAAGGCACUGGGUUACGUAGUAACUCCGUCACAACUCUUCUUAAGUGAGAAGAUCCAGCCUGGAGAUGAAGAAACCCUGAUGCAGUAUGUGUUAAUUAUUCCUUGAGAAAUGAGUGAUGCUUGCUUUGGGACCAGAAGAAACAGUUACCUGAAUAAUAAUUGUGUUAGAGAAACUGCUGUCUGUAUUAAGAUAAAGCACAUUGCCUAGGCUUUAAUCAUCAUGGAUAAAACCAACUGGAAAAUUCCCAAACCCUUACUUAUAAUGAAUCCUUGAACCCAAGCUAUGUGGUUAGGACUUUGGAGUGUAAUGUGUUGGGAUAGUUCUAGCCAUACAGUGCUCUGCACCAAUGUACACAGCUCAGAAUUCACAGGUGUAUUUGUAGAUACCAAGAAUGAUACCCCUACCUGAAGAUUAGAAUAGUUGUCUCAGAUCUGAUGGUUACUUACUUUCUAGGCAGAUGGAGAAAGUACUAGAGGAAAAUCAAAUUGACAAGCUAGAAAAGAGGAUGCAGAAAGAUUAGGAAACUUCAUGGUGUUUCACCUUGAAACUGUAGAAAGAGACUAAUUUGCUCACCACAGAAACAUAGGAAUAUGUACAAAGCUAGAGAAAGAAAAAGCUUAACUAAACCUAGCAUAAAAAAUGUGUAUAAAAACUAAGUGUCAUAUAUUCCUGGACUGAGGAAAGAGGGAUUGAUGGGAAAAAGAAAGCUACACAUAAAUAUUUGCACUAGUGAGAUUUUUGGAAAUAAUUACUUUAUGAAACAUGUAUGUGGUGCAUACACUUUUAGUGGGUGACUUUUAUCCCAUAAUAAUUACUAAAAGACAAGCCAGUGACUUGUGCUGGUCUGUUCCUCCCCAGUUAUAGUUAUGAUAUGGGUCACUCAUUCAAAGUCUGUUUCUAUGGCAGUGUUAUCUCGUGACUGCUGAGCUGAAGUUGGAGGGAGGUUCCUUGACCACUCAGCUGCUCAGCUGUUUUCCUUCCUACACCUAAUGUUGAUAGACUAUAACAGAUGAUGGGUGCAAACACACACACUUCCUUUAUUUGAAAAAUAGAAGAAGAGCUAUUUUGAGUUAUUCCCAUAAUAAUUGUGUAGGCUUAAUAUAAAGCUGUCAUUAGUAUAAGGGAAUUUGGUAAAAUGGAAUUUCCAUUGAUGUUCAAAUUCAGAAUUGAGUCUUUCUUUAAUCUCACUAGCUGAGUUUUAAUAAUCCAAGGCCCCAAUAUUGUUAUUAUAAUUAUGUAUGUAUGCAUAUACACAUAUACAUGUUUCUCUUUCAAAUAAAAGCAAUAUAAUUUUAUCAGUAAGUAAUACCUAAAGGUCAUAACCUCAGAAGAAUAGACUAACCAAUCAUGUAUCACAAUUUGUAAAAACUGAGCAUACUAUCAAAUCACAGUAUAUGACUGGUAGAAUCAGAGGUUCUUAUAUCUACUCCAUUAAUAACUGAAUCAUAAAACUAAUAAUAAAAAAGAUAAUUUCAAGGUGAGAGUAAGUUAGUUGGCUAAAAUGAGAAAAGUGAGAACUGAGUAUGCAGGAAUCAAAAGUACUUUUUUUUUUUUUUAAUGGAGUAACUAACCAGUCAUAUCACUAGCUGGUAUGCUGUGUAGUAUUAAAGCUCCAUUGGGACUUUUUUUUUACAGUAAUGCCUAAGCUUUCCAAUUUUUAAAGUUCUAUUUAGGAAAAAAAAAAAAAACCACAAAGAAACAAAGCAAAUUUCAAAAGUGCGAUGUUAUCUAAUGAAUUAUUAUAACAGCAUAUUGAGAAUAGAUUAUUUCAGAUUCUUUGACUGUUAAACUCUAUAGUCAAGGCUUAUGAGUGGCCCCCCUUUAUUUUUAUCUUCAAAGUGCUAUUGAGAUUUAUGUAGCACUCCACAGAAGCAAAAUGAAAAAUUAGUUAUAGCACACCCACAUCAUUGUCCUUAAACUUCCCCUUUAUUCUACACAUGUGAUAAUGGAACAGGAUGUCAGAGAAGCCGGUGGGGGGAUGAGAUUUGGCCAAUGCAAUGUUAGCUGUCUGGGGAAAAGUGUGAUGGAAAAAAUCACCCAGUUGUGCUGUAUUUUUAAAGAAGCAGAAGGGUGUGUGUGUGUGUGUGUGUGUGCACACAGGCAGUUCUCCUGGAGGACAGUCCAGUGGUACGAGGUAGAGGAAGUAAACAUUCAAAGACAUAGGCUGACUGUUGGGGGAAAAGACAUGUUCAGUAGAACACGGAACAAGUUCUGGAAGAAGACUGUGGAAGUGAAUAUGGAGAAAGUAGAUUGUAAAAGCUCAGGAAAUCUACAAUAUGUAGAUUGGAUUGAUCUUAUCAGGAAUAUGAUAAGCCUGUAAUUAUGUAACCUAUUUGUUUCAACAUAAACUUUUAUGGUUUGCUACGAUGUACCUUUUAUAAAAUUAACAAGAGCUCAUUAUUUCAGAUAGAAGAAAAUCAUUGCUUAGCUGGUAUGAUAAGAGAAAUUAUUAUAUUUUCAAUACCCACACAAUUAUCAUGUCUUCUAUAAGGUACAUUCCCUUGAAAAAUUACAGUUCUAAUUCUCACAAGGGAAAAACUUAUAUAAAACUCUGAGUUCUUUUUCUUAGCACCUAAACAUUUCCCACCAUAGGCUGUGUUCAUAUGAAACUAUCAGUUUAGCCCUCUAAGCUGAAUUUGCUUGUCUAAUAUUGAAUUAGUUUCUAAGAAAUUUUAGAUAUUAUCCUAGUAUCUAGAUUCCCUCAAACAUUUAGUGUUUGAAAGAUGGCUUGGAACUACUGAAAACUUGCUUUAUUUUAUUGCUUACAGAAAGUAUCAGUGGGAUUUACAAUGACUUUCUUGAAUGAGCAUGACUGAAACGCAGAAACAGUGAUGUAGGAGAGUUUCACACAGCUAUUAAUGUGUGACAGGCCUCCACAGAGCCAAGCUGGUCACUUGUCUUGCUUUGUAUAGCUGAAGUGGCAGCCAUUUCCUAUGAUUUUCUUUAUUCACAAUUUGAGUCUUUGGGUCUGCGUCUUCACCUCAUUUUUAAAAUGAUCUACUGAUUUGUGGUAAUAUCAACUUCUGAGUGGUGUCUUGAUUUAGUUAAAUUCUUGCCUUGUUAACCAAGCGAUGCUUAGUCACUGGUUAAGGAGGAAAGAAAAGCCUACACAGUCUUUCAUUUUUUGUCAAGAUAAAUGUCACUAUUUGGAUUCUUGAAAAAAAUUAUUAAGUAUGGGGAAAUCAUGAAUGGGGGCUGCCUUGGUGCAUAAAAUCCCAGAGGGACUGGUAAAGACAACAUUUAUGACUUUGGAAAAAACUCUUAGAUGGGUACAAGGUGCCCUUGGUAUAGACAAUAAGCUAUCUCCACAGCAAGAGAAAUUUACUAAUUUUAGAGAGCUUCUCAUUAUGCGAAUCAUUAAGGGAUGAACCUGGAAAUUUAUUCCACCUGACUUCUGACUGAUGGUUUGGAAAAUAAGUUUAAUUAGAGUCCUUUGCCAUUGAAAAGGGUAAUAUGUAGACACUGACUCCUGACCAGUAAAGGAUUGAUGAAAACCUUUACUAGCCUUUAGAGCUUUUCAGAACAUGCUCAAUGUCAUGUCUCUGAGCAGGGAAGAUCCACAAUGAGUCUUUUAAUUUCAAGAGGCUUUAAAAUAUGAUAUUACCAGAAAUUAGAACUAAGGUAUAAUUAUAGUCUAAUAUUGUGCCUUUGGCUUAAAAAUAGAAGUGAGAUCCACUUUUAUGCCUACUUGAAGAAGGAAACAUAAGUAUAAAUUUCUGUGUGGCAGUGGCACCCUCUUGGUCUUUUUUGAGACCUAUUAUGAAUGGAAGUGACUGAGGCUGCAUGACCUGGGAAGUUGCCCAGAAGGAAAAACUAGCCCCAGAGAUCUUGGUCUACUGAUUUGGAAAGAUUUGAACACAAAUUUCUUAUGGUUGGAAGAAGACUGCUGAGUGUCCCUGAGUGAUUUGAGGAUGAGCAAAAAAUUGGGCCAGUUCCUCGUGUUCUAUGUUCCAGAUAGCACGAGAAACAAGGUCUCAGACCUUACAGACCCAUCUCUGUUCCCAGGUGAGUCUGACCCAACAGAGAGCAAACAUGUACAGAUAUCCAAACAGGACUGCUCCUGCAAGUCAGAGCUGGCUGCCUGUCUUGGGCAGCGGCACCAGAGCUCCAGGGAGUUUAUUUAAUAUUUACUGAAACUUCGGAGACCCAGCAGAUGUUUAAUGAAGUCACUAUUUUGGCUCAAACUAUCUAUCCUCCCUCCCUUCACCUUGAAGAAAAAAAAAAAAGAAA